UAGAAUUAGAAACAGAGGAGGACAAGUAACGCAUUGACCGGCAUCUGAGAGGCUUCUGUCGUGAGAUGGCUCUCAUCUCACGACUCUGACAUUUAGGCACAGCCUCUCUUCUUCGUCUUCUUCUUCUUCUUCAUCCAUCACGUCAGAAGAAGAUUUUUUUUUUUCUUAUUGUUUUUAGCUUUGAACGGUUCUGGUUCUGACUUUUAUUAAGCCAGCACCUCAUCUGGGCCCCCCAGUUUUUACCCACUUUGAUUUUUUCCAUCAAAAGGGUAUCCAAGGUCAUCAUUUAAUUGAUCUUUUGCUGGGGUGUCUGGUUCAGAGGUGCUGGUUUUCAGUUCUGAAAUUUUUUUUUUUUUACUUUUAAUUUGUGAAUAUGUGGGGGGCGGCUCCAGAGCCUGCUGAUUCUUACUACAAGGUUCGACCUGAGUGCACUGACCUGCCCAAAACCAGAUUCAAAAUCAAGCCUGGUAAAACUCUAAGUGCAAGGAAAUGGCAUGCUGCAUUUACUUCAGAAGGGUACUUAGAUAUAGGGAAGACUCUAAGUCGAAUUCAACGAGGGGGGAUCCAUCCAUCAAUAAGAGGGGAAGUUUGGGAAUUUCUUCUUGGUUGUUAUGAUCCUAAAAGUACAUUUGAUGAACGAGAGCAGCUACAACUACAUCGGAGAAAGAAAUAUUAUCAGUGGAAAAAUGAGUGUCACGGACUGUUUCCAAUUGUUGGAAGUGGCAAAUUAAUCACUGCUCCUGUAAUUACUGAAGAUGGUCAGCCCAUUCAAGACCCUUUAGUGCUUCAAGAAACAAAUUCAGAUUCUUCAGGUUUGAGCGCUUCCAGUAGUUUAAAAAUUGUAAAGGAGGUUGCUAGCCGUGGUCCUUUGGACAAGAAAGUUAUCCAGUGGUUGCUAACACUACAUCAAAUAGGCCUUGAUGUGGUUCGCACUGACAGGACAUUGGUGUUUUACGAGACGCAAGAGAACUUGUCAAAACUUUGGGAUAUUCUGUCUGUUUAUGCUUGGAUAGACGCAGAUGUUGGUUAUUGUCAAGGAAUGAGUGAUAUUUGUUCCCCCAUGAUAAUUCUUCUUGAUGAUGAAGCUGAUGCAUUUUGGUGCUUUGAACGUUUGAUGCGCAGGUUGCGAGGAAAUUUCAGAUGUACUGAGAGCUCAGUUGGGGUGGAGACACAGCUUAGUAGUUUGGCAUCUAUUACUCAAGUUAUUGAUCCAAAACUUCACCGGCACCUAGAGACCCUUGGCGGAGGUGACUAUCUAUUUGCUGUCAGAAUGUUUAUGGUCUUGUUCCGUCGAGAAUUCUCCUUUUGUGAUUCACUAUAUCUCUGGGAGAUGAUGUGGGCCCUGGAAUACGAUCCCGACCUGUUUUCCUUAUAUGAAAAAGCUGAAUCAGUUGGAGAUAAAGCUAAUGGCUUUAAAGCAAAAGCAAGAUCGGCUCGUCACUAUGGGAAAUUUGAGAGAGAAAAUUUGAAAAAUAGAGGAAAGAAUUCAGAGGCUCCGCUCCCCAUAUCUGUUUUCCUUGUUGCCAGUGUCUUGAAAGAUAAGAGCUCAAAGCUACUGCAAGAAGCUCGUGGCCUGGACGAUGUUGUUCAGAUAUUGAAUGGCAUUACUGGAAAUAUAGAUGCCAAAAAAGCUUGCAGUGAAGCUAUGAAACUUCACAAGAAAUAUUUAAAAAAGGCCAAGCAGACAUAACAUUUGUUGAGUGCAAAUGUUCUGACCCAAUGAAGAAAUAAUGGGAAAUUUCAUUAUGUUGUGACUUGAUUCAACACGGAUUGCAGAUUCGAACGACUUUCCCAGUAAAGUGAGUUUCAAACAAAUAAUAGAGUUGUAUCUGUAACACUAACUGUAUAUGUUUUUCAAAGCCUCAAUACGAAUUCAUAUUGUGUACCAUUUGUUGUGGUUUGUAAUGAUAUCUUCAAACCCAGAAAUCAUUUUAUUGAGUUGAAUUACAUUGUAUCA